GUGUGAGUGUGUGUAUGUGUGUGAGUGAGUGUGUGUGUGAGUGAGUGUGUGCACGCAGAUCGCCAGAGACAGCAGCUCACAGGAGAAGCGAGACGGGUCCCUGUAGACGAAUCCACAGCUCAUUGGCAGGAUUCACGGAUGAUAACUACUGCAACACACGCAGAGGAACAGCGUGUGAUUUUAUUUUCUGAGGUCGACCUCUGACUCCUGGCGGGGACUCUUCCGCAGAGCUCGGAGUAACCACGGUCGGGUUUCGCUGCAGCAGUGCACAACGCUAGCUUCGGAAUUAUGCGGAAUUAGAUUUCCACAAAACGCAAGGUAUACAGUACCUGCCGUGUACGUUUUAAGUAAAGGAAGUUCAAGUUCACAUUUAUUUAUCAUUCCAGCCAUAUACAAGUAUACAGUGGAACGAAAUAUCGUUCUUCCUGGUCCACGGUGCAAAUACAGGCAGGACACUGACAGUGGACACCCACUGGAAUGAAGUCAAAUCGGGCACGAGUCCAGAUUCCUUCUCAUAUCAAGCAGGAUUCUGAUCGGUGAAAUCCGGCAGUGUCUGAAAGCGCGGACCAAUCAACAAACCGCAGUCCUGCAGAGUCUCAGCUGUUGGCAGGCGAAGCGGGGGACAGCCGUAUUUCAUCUUUCAAAACUCGCCCGUCCAGAGCUUUUAUUUACAGCUUUCCUCGUUCCUGCAUCUGUGCAUAAGCACCAGGGCGCCUACAGAUCCUACUGCGCACACUGCGCACAGACGCCUCGCAGCCGCGGUCGCCCGAGGGAGGGCAGCCGGGUUUAACGGGUGUCGAAACGGAUGUCAAGCUGCGGCGCUAAAGCGUUCAGGGCCCCGCGGGAGCCGGUGAUCUGGAGGAACAGACAGGUGUCGUGUCCCAGGAGAUACUGGGAUACGACGUGUGUUCCCUCUACGCUGUGUGCGUGUGUGCGUGCGCACACAGGUUAUGAAAUCGUCGCACAUAGGAAAUUGAACUGCGCACAAAAAAUGUAAUGAAAAAAAUGAUGAUAAUAAAACAAACACGGUCAUCAAUUGAAAAAUGCUAAAUUGAACACAAUAGACUGGCUGCGAGAGGCCCAACUUGGCUGUUUGCAUUAUUAUUGCUACUCGAUAAUCGAUAUUUGUGCUCGUCUCGUACCUCACCGCUCAUGCUGGCUCCACACUCAAGUCUCUAUGACUGGGUUCGAUAAAUCGCUGCCCCGGUCUUUAAGAUCUCUAUGCUUUUAUGAGAACGACUAUAUUAACGAAAAAUAAUUUCAGCUUUACAGUUUUACAUGCACUCAAUUUAGUGCGCACAGGUUUUGGCACUGGGGGAAAAAAAUUGCACAACUUGAAAUUUGUGCGCAAACGGGCCAUUAAAACUUAGAGGGACCAUUGGAUACGACACCGGGAAGAGCCGAAAAGGGACCGACCGGCCCUGUUCGUUACGGACCGCCUCCUUCCUGGUUUCAGGUGCGGGAGGAGAAAAACGGUACAAUGGGGGACGUGUGAGUGAGGACUGCUUUAAUCGGGAACAUCUGGACUCUACAAUGGAGCCUGGAAUGUGGAUCAGCUGUGAGAAGACAGCUGUUCUCCACGGAGGCUUUCUUCUGGCUGAGAAGCUGUACCGUCCCAAGGAGCUGGCCGCCUUGAAUAAGUCCGAGUGGCACAGUGUGGGGAAGCCCAUCGUUCAGGCGGUACAGGAGAUUCUCUCUGACAGCAGCCUGAGCACUCGAAAUGUCUUACACUGGGAGAAGAAGAUUAUUUGUAUUCUGUGGACCAGACUGCUUGACACGGAAAACAGUAAGAGGGAGGAACGGGACAGCGGAGAGAAUACUGACAGAAAGUGGAAGGAGGAUCCAACUUUCUCUGUGCAAAACCUCCUCCCCAGUAUAAGUCCCACGGUGCUGUUUGAGCUGGUCAAGUCCAUGGGCUGUGCGAGGGUCUUUGCGCAGUUCCUCUCGGCGUUCCCUGGGGGAGCCCUGUGCGGACAGCUGGCCGGACUUGUGGAGCACGUUCUCAUCGAGACCUCGGAGGAGGAUGUCCAGUUCCUCCUGGAGAUUUGGUGGGAGCUGUGGAAAAGCCCCGAGGAGAAGCCGGAGGACGGGAUUGUCCAGGCCUUUGCUGCUCAGGCUGCCAGCUACCUGUCCCAGCUGCCCGCCCCGUCGGCCAAGAGGUUCAAGCCUGACCCUGACGUGGCUCGCCAGUCGUGCGUGGUCUCCCUCCUGCUUGACGCCUUACGCAAAACAGCAGAGUGUUUCUCCACCUCUGACCUUUGCUGUCUCGCCCUCUCCAAUUGCUUGGACAUGCUGUACACAAGCUUCCUGCUCGACUGCCAGACCAGGCAGCCCGUGGAGGAGCACCUGCAGAGCUUGGCAAGGGCAGUCCAGCUGCGAAGGCUGUGUAGCCACAGGCAGGAGGAGAACCUGGCCGAGGACAUCAGGGAGGCACAGCGAGAAGUGGCAGCUGCUCACACACCGUCCCAGUUCAAGCCCACUGAAGUAACACUUCCGCAAGGGUUAAAAGCUCUGUUAGAACUUGUUGAGAUUUGGGGCAAGAAAGAACUGCUUACAAUCUCAGCAGACAGGCCGCCUAGCCCUGCGGCUUACAGGCUGAAGAGCUGCCUUCCACGUGUGAUCAGCUCCUUGGAAGAGCUCCCGUUGUCAGAGGAGGUGGUGACCGAAGGAGAAAGAGGGAUUGUGAGCGAACUGAGUCAUUCCCUCACAUCGGUGCGAGAGGGAAUUGCUCUUCCUGAGCUGGAGUGCGGUGGCGCUGAGCUGGCAAGGGUUGCAGCAGCAGUUAUUGAUAAUCGCCUGGGAAGGUUUCAAGAAGUGACGCACGUGUUCGCAUCCAGCCUGGUCUUCAAUGUUAAUGAGUGGACUGAGUGCUUGGAGAGGAACAAACCUGCCUUUAGAAAUGAAGAGUUAGUCUUAAAAUUGGUUUCAACACUUACUGCAAACACGGCUACAGGGACCCAAGAUGUGUCUCAGCAGAAGAGACUGAAGGGAAUUAUUCUGGACAUUUUCUCUGAGCUUCCUCUGCCUCUUAAGAAUUCGUCACUGGCAAGGGCGCUGUCUGCCUUUGGCAGGAAGGGACUGCAUGGUGUUCUGCCGAGGACUGUAAUGGAGGGCUUCAGCGAUGAGGUGAACUUGGCUUUCAACUGCAUCACUCAGAGCAAAACACCGCAGAGCCUUGACAGUGCUGUGUCUGCUGUCGCCAGGGUUGCUUUCCAGAAUCCAGAAGCGGUCUUGCAAAGGGUGUGUCAUCUCGCAGUGGUGAAUCUCGGAGCCCACAGGCUCCUGGCUGAUAUCCUGAAGAACCUGCCGGGACUGAUCUACUAUGAACCUUCUGGUCUGCAGAGCGACAGUAGUGCUGGUUGCAGUUUGCUCUGCCACUGCCUUAAGGACACAGUGUGGGGCAAACUGUCUUCAGCUAAAGAGGAGGACCAGUUCUUUCAUUUCCUUGCCUUCCUCAUGCAGCCGAGCAGCCCUGCAGGAGAUGAGCCAGAGAGCAGACUCUGUUUUCUUCAGCCUGGGGAGGUCACCAGGACAUUCGUCUUGCCCCAUCUGAUGGACAGCAAUUGCAACCUAGAGCUAUGUCUGCGAGUGCUCCAGCAGGCUCUCCAGCACAGAGGCCCGCAGGCUUCUGGACACUGGGUAAUGUCCUGUCCUCCCUUUCCUCUCCUCUUCUCCCUUUGCCAGCUCUUACACAACUCCUUCAGGUGCUGGCAGGAUCCUGUGCCUCAUGAUGUCAGUGUUUCCUUGGAGGCUAAGGAGCUCUUGACCAACAUCCUGGCUGUCAUGUGCGAUGUAGUAGGCAAAGAGGUGGCAGCUGACCCCAGCACCUGGUCCAGAGCUCUUUACUGGCUCUACAACAAAGUGGAGGCUCUGGAUUGGACUGUGCGCUUUCAGCUAAAAGGAGUGUGGAGGGAACACUUCAAAAAUGAGGUGCCCUUGUCAAUGAUGGAAGUGUGCAGUUUGUCAGAAGACAAGUGGGCCGGACUGGAUCUGCCCAUGUAUGGGCUGGGUACUGGGCUUCUGGCCUGGAUGGAGUGUUGCUGUCUUUCUGCUGAUGUCCAGACCCACAUGCUGGAAAACCUCAUGGUCGACAUGAAAAAUGCAGAGGAGGUCAACAUGUUUAGCAAGGGCUUCAUGGUGGCUCUCAUCCAGGUCCUGCCCUGGUGCACGUCCACAGAGUGGGGGAGAGUUAUGGAAGUGGCACGGCAUCUUCUCCAAACCAGGUGCCUCCAUGUGCCAUACUCCCUGGAGUACGUCGAGUUCAUGCCACUGCUGAACUUGCGGCACUUCUCCGGCGACCUCCAGCUCUCCAUGUUGCUGCUGAGAGCCUUCCAGCUGCUGUGCGGCUCCAGCUGCUCGGACUGGCUGCCUCAGAAGGGCUGGCUGCACGUGGGACGGCUGUAUGCUGGCACCAUGAGGGGCAUCCUCGAGUCUGUGACGGGGAAGCUUCUCCCAUCGGGCCAGUCCGAGGCGCCAGCCAGCGACUCCUCGCACGGCAGCCAGGAAGUGGUGUUCGUGUUUGUGCAGCUCUUUUGCCACCUGCUGCACGUGGCAGUGAUGAUGCCCGCGCACACCUACGAGCCCCUCUACCUGGCCGUACUGGAGAUCCUUACCCAGUACGAAGCGGUUUUAAAAGAGCACCCUGCGUCCUUUGGCGCGCUCUACAGGGACAACACCAAGCACUUCCUGCACUCCAUCGCCCAGAACCUGCCCGACCAGGAGCUGCGCUCCACUGUGCAGCAGAAAAUCUCCAGGCUCUGAACACGCUCUUACCUCAUUCUGGGUGUUUUAGAGCCCAUUAGCUGUUGCAAGAAUAAAAAAUGCUUACCAAAAUAAAGGCUGUUUUCAAUAAA